AUGGCUAAUGCUGCCCUUCUCGCUUCGGCACUUAGUGUGGUGACAAACCAAACCAUUGUGCCUUAUGAUGAAUAUUUGAAAAAAAAAGAUAAUAUGUCUUUCUUAUUUCAAAUGUUGAAUUCAGAUGACCUUCAUCAAUCACAUUUAGUUGGUGGAAUCGUUUCAACUGAUGAAAACGAUUUGGUUGAAGCUCAGGUUGAGUAUGACGAUGACGAUGCUGAUGAUACCAUGCAGAUCUUUGUUAGAUCUUUAAGCGGCAAAGUCUUGACUAUUAAUUGUAAAUCUGGCACUACCAUCGGAAAAAUCAAGCACAAAAUUCAAGCUAAGGAAGGAAUUCCACUAGAUCAACAGCGGCUUGUUUUUGCUGGCAAACAACUCGAUGAUGGCUAUACACUUUGUGACUAUAACAUCUUCAAAGACUCAACACUUCAUCUUAUACUUCGUCUUCGUGGUGGCGGUGGUGCUUUAAACUACUUUCUUCAUCCUGACCACCUUGACCCUAUGUAUGAUUUUGAUUUCACUAAUGUCACAGAUACCGCUAGUUUCUUUAGAGGUCAAUUUCAGUAUAGACGUCCUGUAGGAUGGAAUCGAAUUGCUUUAAAGGUGCUCAAUAAGUAUGAAAAUAACACAUGGCUCGGUGGAGCAAGUCGACAAUUCCGCCAUCAUUCUGAACCAAAUGAAUGGCCUGUAUCCUAUCAUGGAACCACAAAAUGCGGUGGUAGAUCGAUUGCCGAAGAUGGUUACAACUUGAGCAGUGGCAAACAAUUCCUUUACUCUCAAGGAAUCUAUACUACUCCAGAUGUCAAUGUUGCCGAACGUUAUGCUGAGAAAUUUACUCAUAAUGGCGUCCAAUAUCGUGUAUUGUUUCAAAAUCGCGUUAACCCAGCGACCUUAUCAAUUCUUUCUACCGCAGAAACUGGUUGCGGCGAGUAUUGGAUCUCUCCUAAAGGAUCUGGUUAG